UAAAGAAGAUGCUUUAGAUCUCCGAAAAAGCAUAAGCUUAUCGACGCUCCAUUUCUUCAAAUUCCCGAAAUUAAAAAGCCGUUCCAAUUUCAAAUGGCGAAUGCCGUCCAUCCUAACUCCGGCUUCUGCUCCAAAACGAUGACGUUCCAUAGCCUCCGACCUCCCGUUCCACUUCCGCCAGAAUCGGCUCCUGUUUCACUUACCGACUUCAUCUUCUCCCUCCUCAACUCCUCUCCUCCCUCUCCCACCGCCGCCGCUAUCAUCGACGCUGACACGCGCCGCCGGGUCCUGUACCCCGAACUUAUCUUUCGCUUAGAAAAUCUAGCCUCCUCACUCCGCGCCCAAUUCGGCCUCUCCAAAGGCGACUGUGCUCUCGUUUUCUCCCCUAACAAUAUUUACACUCCGAUUCUUUACUUGUCUCUCUUCUCUCUCGGCGUCGUCAUCUCUCCCAUCAAUCCAGCCGCCAUGGUUCCCGAGAUUCAGCACCAAAUCCUGCUUUCAAAGCCGGUAAUCGCUUUCGCCUCAUCCAAUUCAGCUCAUAAACUCCCUUUGCUUAAACACGGGAUCGUUAAUAUAGACUCGGUUGAAUUCGAGUCGUUAAUGGAAAAUCAACGCGGAAAAAAGGAACGAGCAGGAAUCAAAGUUAAGCAAUCAGAUGUCGCCACGAUUCUCUACUCAUCCGGUACGACCGGUCCGGUUAAAGGAGUUGCACUGACACACCGUAACUGGACAGCCAAUAUUGCCGGAGGGAUGCGUCCGGUGAGGACGAUCCAGACGGUCGGCUAUUGUACGGUUCCGUUAUUUCACGCUUAUGGGAUGGCGCUCAGUUUGAGGCUUAUGGCGUCGGGGGAGUGCUUGGUGAUAACGGGUGGAAAUCGGAGAUUUGAUAUGAGAAAAAUGUACAGUGUCAUCGAAGAGUAUAGGGUUAGCCAGCUGGCACUGGCUCCACCUUUGGUUGUAACUAUGGCUGGGGAUGCUGAGGUAAUGGACGGCUAUGAUUUGAGCUCCCUUGAAGUUGUCAUCUGCGGAGGAGCUCAUUUGAGUAAAAGUACAAUAGAGAGGUUGAAAAAUCGAUUGCCCAAAGUUCAGCUGGCACAGUCAUACGGCCUGACUGAGACAACGGGGCGAGUGUUUGCCACAUUGGGUCCGGAUGAAACCCGAACAGAGGGUGCGACGGGGAAGCUAAUGGCAAAUUGUGAAGCCAAAGUGGUGGAUCCUGAAACCGGUGCUGCUUUACCUCCUAUGAAACCAGGGGAGCUUUGGGUUAGAGGGGAUUUAGUAAUGAAGGGUUACGUUGAUGAUGAAGAGGCGACUGCUGCUGUUUUGGGUCGGGAGGGAUGGUUAAGAACGGGCGAUCUUUGCUAUAUAAAUAAUCAAGGCUAUCUGUUUUUUGUUGAUAGGAUCAAGGAGUUGAUCAAAUACAAAGGCUACCAGGUUGCCCCAGCUGAAUUGGAGCAUUUGCUUAAUGGUCAUCCAGAUGUCGUGGAGGCUGCUGUUGUUCCGUAUCCGGAUGAGGAAGCGGGGCAGGUACCAGUGGCCUUUGUGGUGAGACAGCCAGGCAGUAACAUUGUUGGAUCCGAGAUCAAGGAUUUUGUUGCCAAGCAGGUUUCUCAUUACAAAAGAAUACGAAGAGUAAUAUUCAUUGAUUCAUUGCCAAGGAAUGCCUCAGGUAAAGUGCUUAGGAAGGAGUUGGUUAUCAAAUUAUCAACCCCUACCUCCAAGUUGUAAAUUUCUCACCUUUUUUUUACAUUUUUAUCCUAUAUUUAAUUUUACUUAUAUCCUCUAAACUUCCAUAUCAGAGGAAAAAUAUGUCAUCUUUAUUGUUGUAGAAAAAUAUUGCAAUAUGUUUACCUACAUAUUGUAUAAUCAAAUAUUAUUACAUUAUCGUAAAUUAAUUAUUGAUAUAGUUACUUUAAUUUUUA